AUAUGCAACUGAAAUUUUGUUAAGAAGCUGUAAGAUUGAUUGGCUGAUUGGUCAUGAAAAUUCAACAGCAGAACUUUUCAUAGCAGCUUUACUAGAAAUUUAUCCAAAAAAAGUUAAUUACGUUUUAUCAUUGUCAUAA